AGCUUCCUGAUUUCUGAAGUCUGAGUGAUUUCCUCUGUGUGCGGAGAGGAAAGAGCCUUCUGCACUCACAGCCGAAGGGAAAGCAGCAGGUUGGGGCUUCUUGUGGCCAACUUCAGAGCCUGUUACCAGGAAAGGUAAGCAUGGGAGGAAGGAAGAUGGCGAGAGAUGAAGAAAAUAUCUAUGGUUUAGAAGAGAACACUUGGUCCCGGCAGCAGCCCACGCUGAGGCUCAUCCUUGUUGGGAGAACAGGGGCCGGAAAGAGCGCCACUGGGAACAGCAUCCUAGGCCAGAAACGGUUCCUCUCCAGGCUGGGGGCCACGUCUGUGACCAGGGCCUGCACCACGGCCAGCCGCUGGUGGAACAAGUGCCACGUGGAAGUCGUGGACACUCCGGACAUUUUCAGCUCCGAAGUGUCUAAGACAGACACCGGCUGUGACGAGAGAGGUCGCUGCUACCUGCUCUCGGCCCCGGGGCCCCACGCGCUGCUGCUGGUGACCCAGCUGGGCCGCUUCACCGCCCAGGACCAGCAAGCGGUGAGGAAGGUGAGGGACAUGUUCGGGGAGGACGUCCUGAAAUGGACGGUCAUCGUCUUCACCAGGAAGGAGGACCUGGCGGGGGGCUCCCUGCAAGAUUACGUGCGCAGCACAGAGAACCGGGCCUUGCGCGAGCUGGUGGCCGAGUGCGGGGGCCGGGUCUGUGCCUUUGACAACCGGGCCACCGGCCGGGAGCAGGAAGCCCAGGCGGAGCAGCUGCUGGGGCUGGUGAAGGGCCUGGUGCGGGAGCACGAGGGCGCCCACUACUCCAACGAGGUGUACGAGAUGGCGCAUCUCCUGCGCUGGGCAGGCCCGGAGGAGCGGCUCCGGAGGGUGUCGGAGGGCUUGGCCGCCCGCAUGCGGAGGAGGCCUUGGGGCGUCUGGCUGCGGGCCGGACUGUGGGCGUGGCCGAAGCCGCCCUGGAGCUGGAGGCUGGGCCUGGCCCUGCUGCUGGGCGGCGCGCUCCUCUUCUGCGUGCUGCUCCACAGGCGCUGGUCGGCGGUCUUUGCGGAGGUCGGACCUGACUGACACUGCAGGUCCUAAAACUGAAGGCAACUUGGUCAAGAGAGGCUGAAUUCUUGGAGCUGAAGGGACAACUUUAUUCCAACGGAAGGAAUCCUGUAGUUUCAGGCACAGUUUUAAUGACACAGAAAACUUUGAAUGCUGCAUCAUCUUUGCAACUUUGCCAAGAGUCAGAGUCCACUUUUUAAGUUUUUAACUCAUUUUAAAUGAUGUGUAUGCAGAGUUUUAAAUUUCUCUAACAAUAA